UCAAAGCCAUUUUUCAAAGCGGAGACCCCACCAAACCCCUGUCUCUCGAUCCUCGCGAGUCAGCGCCAUGUCGUCCCCACCACCACAGCGGCCACCACCCACCACCACUGCGCCCCCGCCUACCGCCACGCCCCCUCCUCCUCCGGCCACCGCCCCGCAGCCCCUGCCGCGCGCCUUCCUCGCCACCUCCGCCGCGCCGCAGCGUGCCGCCAACUCGACCCCGACCCCGUCGCCGCUCUUCACCGGCCGCCCAUUGAACCCUAACCCUAGCCACCCCUCCCCCGCGCACGGCAUCCUCUACCCCGUCGGCACAUCGUCCACCAUCCCCGCCGCCGCCGCCGCCGCGGCGAACCAUCGCCGCGCCCCCCACGUCGGCGUUGCGUACCCGCGCGCCCACGCCCACGCCGUCGCUGUCCCCGUCACAGCAACGUCUCAGCAGCCCCAGGCGCCAGCGCAGCAGCGGUCCUACGCAGCGGUGCCUUGGGCGGUGGUGGCGGGCGUGACCCCGCGCCCAGAACACCCUCCCCGAGGGGUUCCAAUAGCCCCGCAUCCUCAGCUCAAGGUUAAUGCUGUUCCAGCUGUUACUCCAUCUCUGGCUGCUACUCCAUCUCCAGCUGUUACUCCAUCUCUAGUUGUUACUCCAUCUCCAGCUGUUACCCCAUCUCCAGCUUUUACUCCAUUUCCUCAGGAGCAUGUCACCACAAAGGAAAGAGAAAGUACCAAAGAAAACGCUUCAACUGUGGUGAUCAAUGACCGCAAAGUUAACGUGUUAGACAGUGAGUCAGGAUCCUUGUAUGCUCUUUGUCGAUCUUGGCUACGCAAUGGUGUUCCACAUGAAAUUCAGCCAAGCUUUGUUGGAAACGUUGCACCACUUCUUCCAAGACCUUUGCCUGCUUCAGUUGUAGAUUCUAGGAUGUCAGAAAAGGACAAUGAUGUUGAGAAUCAAGUUUCAGAAGAAGAGCAGGGAUGGGGAGUUCAAUUAUGUUGGGCCGAUGUGCUUCAUUGAUAGCCGACUGGAGAAGAUCUGCCGCAAGAAUGAAAAUGAGGGGGGAAAGAGGAUCCUCCUGACGGACACUGCGUUGACAGAUGAAUUGUCUGCCGGGCACGCCAUUCAACAGCACCGACGACGUCCCAGAGUUGAAGAUACACUCAAUCCACCCAAGCCAGCGAGCGUCGAAGCCCAUGUUCUUCAUAAUUUCCAGCAUAGCAGAGUGUUCAAUUGUAUCGAAGGCUUUGGCAAAAUCCAGCUUUAACAGAACUAUUUCUUUUCCAGAGUUUUGACAUUGAAAGAUGUACUCCUGGAUUUUGCGGUCGCGUAGGAAGCCGUACUGGUUCCUAUGAACAAUUUUCAGUAUCAAUUUUUGGAGUCGAUUUGCAAGGAGUUUUGUAAUGAUCUUCAAACAGCAGUUCAAUAGUGUAAUUGGCCUGUAGUCAUUUGUUGUUUGAGGCGAUCCAGUUUUCGGGAUAAGAGUAAUGAAUCCCGAAUUGAUGCUUUUCAGAUCGAAGGCUCCAUGGUAAAAAUCACCACACAUCUGAUAGAAAUCGUUUCUGAUGAUGUGCCAGCAGGUUUUCAGAAACAUGCCAAUGAACCCGUCCGGUCCAGGAGCGCGAUCAGCAGGCAUUUUUUUGACAACCUCGUCAAUUUCCUCAUGUGUGAAAAGACAAUGUUUCCAAACCAUGUACCUUUUGGAUUAUGGAUGGUAAAUCAAAUUUCAUAGCCGGAGGGGAUGAUUCACCUAGUCGCUGUUUAAAGGCUUGGAAAAGGACAGCCUCUUUGGCAGCAUGAUCAUGCACUUCAGUGCCAUCAGGGAGCUUGAGAGAUGCAAUUGUGUUUUUUCUGCACCGUUCAGUUGCCAAGGCUUGAAAAAGCUUGGUGUUCUCUUCUCCGUAUUUAAUCCGUCGAAUAGUGCAACGCUUCUUCCAGUAGGCGUUUUGGUGCCGCAGGAGGGUGAGGAGAUGGGCUUUGACAAUCCUUCUGAUGUUCUUCUCUGGGGUAGAUAGUGUCCGUAGGUCUUCGAGCCCAUCGGAGACAGGUUUUCCUAGAGCCAUCGCCGUAGUGUUUGGAUACGAGAGAGUCCAAUUACUCGAAGAGAAAACCCAAUCAAGUUGUUCCAGCAAGGGAUCCUCUUGCAUAUUGCUCCAGGUGAAUGAGUGCCCUUUUAGGGGAAUUUCAACUAGUGCCUGACUGCGGAUUACGUCAUUGGAUAACAUGAUAUCAUUUAGGUCUCCUCCAGGUUUAUUCCUGUUACUUACGGAUCUUAUGAAAUUAAAAUCGCCCAAGAGGAGUUCUGGAUGUUUAGGUCAUAAAGCCAAGAAGCGAAAGAAUUCCUGUCUUCGCCACGACAUGGGCCAUAUAUAUUGAAAAGCUUCCAAACAUUUCCAGAUAACUUAGAAGUAAAUUCAAUACCCAGUGCAAAAAUAUCAGAGAAAGUAGUUACUCCAUCACAGACUGAACUAUUCCACACGGAAGCAAAUUUAUCGAAUUUUCGGGGACAAAGGUCUUGAUGAAGUUCAAAUCAAAGUGCAUAUGCUUGGUCUCUUGCAAACAUAUUACAUCACAACCACUGAUAGAAAUGGCGUUUCUUAUAGCUAGUAGCUUAUCAUCUGAAUUUAUUCCGCGCACAUUCCAAACAAGCACCUUCCAUUGUUUCUUACCAGACAUGGAUGAUUAUGUAGUGGAGGAGGAAGAAGUCUCUUCCGGCGGCUCAGCCGUCAACUUGGAAGUGGAGAGCUCUUCGUCUGGAAUCCCACAUCUGACAGUCCCAAUGUGUUGGAGUACUGGAAGCGGGGUAGGAUCGCCGCCGUCUUGGCGAUGGGAGCAGCAGCAGAGGUGGUGUUGGCCUGGUUUGGAGCAGCUGGGAUCAUCCUAGGAUUGACUUUGCUUUUGGUGGUGCGAGUCUCUGCCAGGGAGGGGCCUUGAAUCCGUCGUACUUGUUCCCCUGGUCACUACGACGAAGCUGGGUAGUGAUAAUUUCAGCAACUAUCUUAGUCUUGCGUCCCUUGUUUGCGGUGGGUCUGUCAGAGAUCAUUGCAGUGGUGUCACUCAUUACAAUAUCAUUCCCCAGGCUAUCAGACUAUAUCUGUAGCAACAGGUUUGGUAUCUAAUUCAUGACAAGCUUCAUCAGAGUAUGAUAGAGUAGCAAAGGCAGUGUUCCAAUUCAUUUGGUCAACUCUAACCACUUCCAUUAUGUUCAGAGGGACCAGUGUCGGCCAGGUAGUUUUCAGAGCAUGAGCAACAAACAAGAACUGCAGUUUCUUGCAGAAAAGAGUAGCAUUCUGAUCCAUACCUGGUUCAUAAGUUAUCAUCAAAGGCAUAGCUUUAUAGAUGUAAGACCUGAAGAAAUCAAUGAGCUGGUUGAAGGGCAGUACCCUGAAGUUCCUGUGAAGCUGGUUGAAAGGCCUAGGGAUGAAUUGGUAGGGUGUCACAGGAAAGAUGGCUAUGGCUUCCAAGCUUUGUGGUGGUGGUGGUGUGCUGGAGGAGCUCAUUUCUUUCCGGAACCCCACGAUUUGGUUCUCUCUAGGAGCCUGUUGCCUAUUCAUUUUGGGUUGCCAAAUCAAAUGCUGACGAUCCGCCCUGAAAUUACAUUGAGAUGUAUAAAUCUGUUUUUUCCUCCAUAUCAAAGAUCCUUGAACAUUUCCUUGCUUGCUGUGCUCAUAUAUCCUUCCUUUCAUGGACUGAUUGGCAUUCACUUUAGAAAUCUGUAUCUUAGGCUUCUAGAAAUAUAUGGCAGUAUUAAUCCCCUCACAAUUUGCAGAGAUAUGCCCAAGAAAGGAACGCCCUGAGCACCAGAGACGCGAUGGACAGAGUAUUGACCAAU